AGUGUUUUUCAACCAAGAAAACAGGGACAAUGUGUGAUUUUCUAACGAAUGGAGGCACAUCAAUCAUAAAUCUUGUCGAAAGUUUCCUCCUUUCAGGAGAUGGGAUAUUGCUCCCUAGUCCUAUGCGAAUCUGCAAUGGUAUUGAAUCGUAUCUCCAGCUACGCAGUCUUUUGCGUAAGCUAGCCCUUGUUCAUGAAACAGCUAAAGCAGCCAAUCCAGUCAGAAACAUCAAUUGUGUUCUUCAUACGACGAGAGAAGAGAAAAUGUCGAGUAGAGAUAUGGAGAGAGGUAGGAAACACAGAGGGGACACCCAGUGGACGUCGUGGCUGACUCCAACAAUUGUCGUGGCUAAUGUCGCCAUCUUCAUCGUGGUCAUGUUCAUCAACGACUGCCCUAAGACAACCAGGGGAGCUAACGAAGAUUGCGUGGCAAAGUUUCUCGGCAGGUUCUCGUUUCAGCCACUCAGAGAGAACCCUCUCUUGGGUCCAUCUGCUUCAACAUUGGAGAAAAUGGGAGCUUUGGAUUGGAGGAAAGUCGUGCAAGGCAAUGAAAAAUGGAGGCUCAUCACUGCUAUGUGGCUCCAUGCCGGUAUCUUUCAUCUUUUAACUAAUAUGUUUAAUGUGAUCUUCUUCGGUAUCCGCCUUGAGCAACAGUUUGGCUUCAUAAGAAUUGGGCUCAUCUACUUGAUAUCGGGAUUUGGCGGAAGCAUUCUCUCAGCUCUCUUCCUUCAAAAUAGCAUCUCUGUUGGUGCCUCGGGUGCUCUCCUUGGACUCAUUGGAGCAAUGUUAUCCGAGCUGCUCAUCAACUGGACUAUCUACGAGAGCAAGCUAUGUGCUUUGUUCACAAUCUUGUUCAUCAUCGCAGUCGAUUUAGCAAUAGGUUUGCUUCCUUGGGUUGACAACUUUGCUCACAUUGGCGGGCUCUUGACUGGAUUUUUCCUUGGGUUUAUCCUACUGAUCCAGCCUCAGUUGGGGUGGGAAGAGUCCCGCAACUCUUCUCAGUACGGUGCCCGUGCCAAAUCAAAGUAUAACCCGUGCCAGUAUGUGUUGUUCUUUAUUGCCGCUGUUUUGGUCGUCGCCGGUUUAACAAUUGGGAUAGUGAUGCUGUUCAAAGGAGAGAAUGGGAACAAACAUUGCAAAUGGUGUCAUCGCCUAGACUGUUAUCCUACUUCCAAAUGGUCUUGUUGAUAUUUCAAUCAUUUUUACUGUAAAAAAAAAGUAAAAAAAAACAUCUUAAUUUACAAAAAAAAAACAACUGUUCUUAUUACUCUCUUUCUGAAAUUAAUUGUACUUUUCUUUUUAAUUGUAACUAAUUUAUACUGAAUUUUUUGAGUGGGUAUGAUUUUUGUGUGUUUAUCUUAGAUCGAUCAUUUAAGAAAAUUGUUAUGGACUA